UCCUCCGUCCUCUCCUCCUUCGCUUCCUCGCCUCACGGAUUUAGCACCGAAGGAGAGAAAAAAAAAAGGGGCGAGAAAUAAUCUUCCCUUUCACGGCCGUCGUCUCCUCCUCCGCCCAAAUUUUUUUCCCCCAAAUUCCUCGCUCUCGCGGCGUGCGUGCGUCGAGCUCGCUUCGGGAUCCCAAAGGCGGGAGCUUUUGUUGUUUUUGAGGCGAUUGGGUGAUUUGCGGGCGCCGCCGCGGUGAUUGGCAGCCGGGGAAUGCUCUACCUCAAGCAACCGGGCGCGGAUUUAGGGUUCCGGCGGGCUGCGGCGGUGGCGGGGCUGUGAUCUGCCCCCGGCGGCGGAUGCGAGGUUGAGCCGUCGUCCGCGCGCGCGCGGGGGGGCGAUAGGGCCGGCCAUGGCGGCGGCGGCGGAGGCCGGGGGGUGCCUCCUCCAGAGCUUCGAGCUCUACGAGGCCGAGUCGAAAUAUUAUAUUCUCGGAAGUAAUACUGACAAAACAUCAUGGAAAUUACUCACGAUUGAUAGAAUGAAGCCAUCAGAACUCAACAUAGAUGAGGGCUCUACUGUGUACUCACAUAGUGGAUAUCUUGAUCUGCUAAAGGUUCUUGAUGAAGAUCACAGGUCAACUGGUGGAGUAAAAUUUGUUACAAAUUGUUUUGGAAUCAUCGGUUUCAUUAAGUUCCUUGGACCUUAUUACAUGUUAAUUAUCACCGAGCAGAAAAAGAUCGGGGCUAUAUUUGGCCAUCCGGUUUACCAAGUUACUAGGACUGCAAUGAUUGAGCUAUCAAAUUCCCAGUCGAGGGCGAAAUUUCUCAAUUCCAGGGAUGAAGACAGAUACAAGAAGCUCUUGCAGACAAUUGAUCUUAGAAAGGACUUCUUUUUUAGCCACUCGUAUAAUAUCAUGAGAAGUUUCCAGAAGAAUUUUAAUGAUCCACAGGAAGGAUGGGACCUCUAUGACACAAUGUUUGUAUGGAAUGAGUUUCUAACACGAGGGAUUCGCAACAUUCUAAAAAGUACUAUCUGGACUGUUGCAUUAGUCUAUGGCUUUUUUAAACAGGAUAAACUCGCAAUAUCUGGGAAAGACAUUUUGCUGACGCUUGUUGCCAGACGCUCGAGGCAUUAUGCUGGAACCAGGUAUUUAAAGAGAGGUGUGAAUGAUGAGGGUAAAGUAGCAAAUGAUGUUGAAACUGAACAAAUUGUUUUUGAGGAUAUGCUUGGGCCAAGGCAAAUAAGCUCUGUUGUGCAGAACAGGGGUUCCAUUCCUCUAUUCUGGUCUCAGGAGACAUCCAAGCUGAAUCUUAAGCCUGAUAUCAUAUUGCAUGAAAAGGACAAUACUUAUGAAGCUACCAGGCUUCAUUUUGAAAAUCUGAGGAGAAGAUAUGGAAAUCCUAUAAUCAUCCUAAACUUGAUUAAGAAACGUGAGAGGCGGCCACGUGAAUCUAUACUCCGCCGAGAAUUUGAUAAGGCAAUAAAUAUUAUAAAUAAUGAUCUACCAGGGGAAAAUCAUCUGCGAUUUUUACAUUGGGAUCUUCAUAAGAACUCUCAAAGAAAAAGUACAAAUGCCCUCCAAGUUCUUUUGAAAGUGGCAUUUGAAGCUUUGAACUUGACAGAGUUCUUUUACUAUCAAGUACCCCCAGCUCGAAGGGCUGAGAGUUCCUUCAAUUUGCAUGCUUCACUGAAGAAUGGUUUUGGUCCUCACGAAUGUGAUGACAGCAACAAUGAUGAUGCCACAGACUGUAUUGAUAAUAUUGAUGAUAUGUCCCAUGAAGAUACCUGUGGCAGUUCUGAUACUUCAGGUAAUGGAACUGCAGAAGAUAUAGCAGCGGACAAUGGAUCUAUACCAGUAAAGCCUCCAAAAUUUCAAAAGGGUGUCCUACGCACCAACUGUAUAGAUUGUUUGGACCGCACAAAUGUUGCUCAGUAUGCAUAUGGUUUAGCUGCUCUUGGACAUCAGUUGCACGCACUUGGUUCUGUAGAAUCCUCUGAACUUGAUUUGGAUUCCCCCUUGGCUCACCAUUUGAUGCAUUUUUAUGAGCGAAUGGGUGAUACACUUGCUGUACAGUAUGGCGGUUCAGCUGCUCAUAACAAGAUAUUCUCUGCAAAGAGAGGACACUUAAAGUUUGCUAUCCAGUCACAAGAGUUUUUCAGGACACUGCAACGAUACUACAGUAAUGCCUAUAUGGAUGCUUACAAACAGGCAGCAAUAAACUUAUUCUUGGGAUACUUCCAGCCAUGUGAGGGCGAACCUGCACUUUGGGAGUUGGAUUCUGUUGGGGAGGGUGUCCUUGGUGAGAAUGCAAGUAAAUUGAUGAAAAGGGCAAGGUCAGAUGGCAGCAUUCUCCGAAAAAGCAACACAUCUAUGUCCAGCAAUGGUCGAAAUGGAAUGUUAAAGUCAUCAUUUACUGAUGCGAAAAGUGAGCUUCAAUCUCCGAACUCUUCUUCUGAUUCAGUAAACGAAAUUUCAUCAGUUACAGUGUCAAAAUCAAGGUAUACUCCCACAGGGCCUCAUGUUAAGCAUGUAAGCUGUGAGCUUGAUUACUACAAUGGUUCUGGAGAUUCAAAUUUCCUGGACAUUGACUGGCUUUCAUCUUCAGACAAUGAAAGGUCAACAGCCAUAAGUACUCCUGAUGUGAAUGUUUCAACUGAUAAUGUUGCUGCCGGUGUAUCCUCUAGGAGAACGGAAGACCAUGCUGCGGAGAUUCAGGCUCAGGGGUUUUCGGAACAUUUUGUUCAGUGGAUUGAUCAGGGAGAGACCUUUUGGUUCUAAUAUUCCUAGAUGAUUUUAUCACUCAUAGCCAAGGUAGAUGUUCGCAGUUGCUAUGAAACUAUUGCAAAGAGGCAUGAGAUGAGACAACAUCGCCCUCAACAAUGACUCUCCAGGGAAGUGUACCAUUCUGUUCAUUUGUUAAGCUUGCUCACCAGUUCAUUCCUCUAGGGGUGAGUAGAUAGGCAUUGUUCUUAUUCUCUUAAAGGAAAAAAAAAAGAAGGUAGGUAGUAUAUUAUUCUUUUGAAGUUGUACCAUUGUUCAGGCAUUUUCAUUGUUGUAUAUAUAUAUAUAUAUAUGGUGACCGAAGUGUAACAAGUGUUUACCCUUUUUUCUUGAGUUGAGGUGGACACGAAAGCACCAUUUUUCCCUCAACUUGUUUCUUUUCCUUUUCUUCUGAGAUCUUGCGAGAUCUUAUGUACAUGUAUUUUCAUUAUUGCAACAGAAGAUAUACUACUGUGUAUUUU